AUGAAGCAGAAGCAUCAAGGAACUGCUCGUGUACAACGUGCACAAUUGCAAGCUCUCAAAAGGGACUUUGAGGUGUUACAAGUGAAGGCAGGAGAAUCUGUGAAUGGAUACUUUUCACGUACCUUAACCAUUGUCAACAAGAUGAGGCAGCACAAGGGUAUGGUAAGUGAUGAAGAUGUUGUUGAGAACAUCUUAAGAUCGAUGACACAAAAUUUUGCCUAUGUGGUUUGCUCAAUUGAAGAGUCUAAAGAUCUCAGUACUCUAUCAAUUGAUGAACUACAAAGCAACUUAUUGGUUCAUGAGCAGCGAAUAAAUGCACAUGUUGAUGAGGAACAUGCAUUGAAGGUGACAUAUGGAGAAUCAUCGAGAGGAAGAAGACGUUGA